UUAGGUAAUUCGAUUUUGACUAUACUCCAAGUUUCCUCCCGUCGGAUUGGACUCUGGACUCUCCUCCCCAUGGACUUGCCGCCUCCUUCAUUCGCCAUUCUCCCUCCACCUCCCGGCGCAAACCCGAACCCUAACUCUCAAAUCUUUCCGCCCUACAACCACCAUCACCACAACAAUCCCACCACCGUCCCAACCCAACCUCCUGAUCUCCACACUACCCUUUCAACCCUAAAACACCUGAUCAACCUCUCUAAAACCACCAUCCAGUCCCUUUCCAAUAUACUUCCCACCACCACCCCCGCCACCGAUGCGAUUGCCACUUGCCCUUACAACUCCAACCACCGGGUCCCUCCCAACUCCCUCUUCAACCACCACCUUCGAUGCCCCUCUUCUCCUGCAGUUAUUGAUCUUGCCCUAUGUGACUCCCUUCACUACCCUAACUCCCUUCAAGCUCCGCAAUCUCCACUUAAUCAGGAAAACAAUUGUCUCACCCAGACGCUUUCCAACGAUACGACCACAGACUUAUGUCUUUCCCUAGAUGGUUACCAUAUAUCACUUGAUUCGAAUUUUUUCUACCGGGAUUGUCCCGCGGUUGUUACAUUUCCUCAUGACAAUAACAAAUCUGAUUGCACGCUUACGUUGCCUGCUGUUUUAUCAGCUGAGUGUGCAGAUUUAACAGGUGAUCGUAGCAUUGAUAUAAACGACACCAUUGAUGGUUUGUGUAGUAGUUCUGGUCUUGUGGAGCUACUUGCUUCUGAAUACUGGAAUAUUAGAACUGAAAUUAAUCAAUGGAAUGAUUAUCCCGCUAGUUAUUCUUACAGCGUCCUUCGCUCAGUUUUAUGCUCUUACAUAUCUCAGAAGGAAUAUCUAAUGGAAUGGAUCUUGGUGAAUUCUCCAUUUUAUGGUGUUGUGAUUGAUGUGUUUAUGAGGGAUCACAUUCUCUUAUUGUUUAGGCUCUGUUUGAAAGCCAUAGCUAGGGAAGCUGCUGGGUAUCUGGUUUCGAUUUCUAAAGGAGACCCAAAAGAUGGUAAAUUUUGCUUUCAGUGUCCUGUAAUGUCCAGAGUAUUGACAUGGUUAGCUUCACAACUUGCUAUAUUGUAUGGAGAAGUAAACGGAAAAGUAUUUGCAAUCAGCAUGUUAAAGCAAUCCCUACUGAUUUCUGCAUCAAAAUCUUUGUUUCUUUUUGGUGAACAAAGGGCUAGCAAAUCAGUAAAUGUAAGUAAGAUCGAUGGUAAAGCUGUCAUGGAACAUGAUGGAAGAACACCAUGGAUAAUUUUGGUUUCCCAGGUAGCAGCAGCUGUUGCAGCAUUACAUGAGCGUUUCUUCUUUGAAACAAGAAUAAGAACCAUACGAGCUUCACGGUUUGUUCCAGUUUAUCAAAGAGUGCAAGAACAUGGAUAUAUAUCAAAAAUGGCUGAUGAAGAACGCGGAAAGCGUUCAAAUUACAGAGCUAUAAUUGAACAUGAUGGAGUGCUUUGGCAUCAUGGAGGUAACCAGGAUGGAAAUAAGAAUAAGUCACGAGAGGAAUUGUUAGCUGAAGAAAGGGAUUACAAAAGAAGAAGAGUGUCAUAUCGUGGCAAGAAAAUGAAAAGAAGCACAACCCAGGUGAUGAGGGAUAUAAUUGAUGAAUACAUGGAAGAAAUCAAGCAUGCAUACAUGGCUGGGAGUGGUCAAUCUUCUUUAGAUUCUACAAAGCUUGCAUCAAAAGCUUCUUCCAUGAAUGAUUUAGAUAAUGAGGCAAAGAUAUCAAAGAAAGCAGUUCCACAAAGUAAUCGGAAAGAGAAAGACUCAGUUUCUGAUAUCAGUAUGAAAUCAUCAAGAUUUGGGGAUGAGAUUAAAGAAAAAAGUAACAGAAAUAGAGAUCAAGAAUAUCAUACUAGUAAGAGCCGAUCUCAUGAUCAUAGGAAACAAGAUGAGUAUAAACACUCGAGAAAAUAUCAAAAGAGGAAUGAAUUUGAGGACAGAUAUGAUCCUUCUAAAUCUCAUGAUAUGAAUCAUGAUGAUCUCUAAUCAAUAUACCAAUUUUGUUAGACAGCAACUAAGAAGAGUAGGAAAUACUAUCCAGGCUUCAGCAGUUUAUGAAACUCUGUAUCCACCCUUGUAUCCUUUGUUGUUAUUGAUGUUCAUUUACUUCCUAUUUUUAAUUUCUCUUUAAUCAACAUAACAAAAGAUGUCCAUUCACAUUUAAUUAGGGCCCCACUGAUGUGAUAUGCAUAGUUUCUUCGUUUUGACCAUCAAGAACUUUAUGGUUAAAAUGGUAAUUUAUAGCACGUCACACACGUAUAUAUCUAAUGUGUGGAUGUAUAUUAAUUCUUUUCUAACUCCAUUUUCAGAUACACUUGUGUGUAUUGGUUUUACCAAUUCCAUCUUCACACAUAUAUCACCCUUGCUUCUUGUGGGGUUGAAUAAAUUCCCUUUUUUUUUUUUGGCUUUUGCAGGUGAAAAUGGUUAAUUUGUGCUGCAAGAAAUAUAUAAACAUGCAACAGCCACAUGGAUGACUUUGUUUUAGUAAAUAUAGAUCAAUUUUUAUGUUGAUGAGUAUUUAAUGAUGAUGGUAUAUUGUAUUUACUUAAAAGACUUGUGAUAAAUUUUGAACAACUUUGAAGAUCAAAAAUCAUAAGGGAAAGUGAAACGUAUGGACAUAUGGAUUAUUAUAUAUAAUACUAAUGCUUUAUGGCUUUA